UGAUUUUUGCUCUGUGUCACAAAAAAUAACCGUACAUCAGCAAACUGUUAUCCGGAAAAAUCAGGCACAUUCGAAAUCAUUUUGACGCCUAUAGCUAUAGAUCUUCCUUCAAACCUGAAUCCAUUUGCUGUAUACAUUCCUCUUUUCUGCAAAAAAAAAAUAGAACUGUUUCAGCUGUGUGUGUGGAUUAUAGCUGCGGGAGGUGUUGAUCGAUUCGUGAAUGGAAGCCAUCAGAAAACAAGCGUCCAGACUCCGAGAGCAGGUCGCCAGGCAACAGCAGGCUGUUUUGAAGCAGUUUGGUGCCUAUGGUGGUUCAGAUAAUGUCAUGCCUGAUGAUGCAGAAUUCCAGCAGCACCAAAAGCUUGAAAAGCUAUACAUAUCCACUCGAGCUGCCAAGCAUUUCCAGAGAGACAUUGUUCGUGGUGUUGAAGGUUAUAUAGUAACAGGGUCCAAACAAGUCGAGAUAGGAACAAAAUUGUCAGAAGAUAGCAGGAAAUAUGGUGUUGAAAAUACAUGCACCAGCGGGAGUACACUCUCAAAAGCUGCAUUAAAUUUUGCACGAACUCGUGCUCAAAUGGAGAAAGAACGCGGAAAUCUGUUGAAGGCCUUAGGCACACAGGUGGCAGAACCAUUGAGAGCUAUGGUUAUGGGAGCUCCAUUGGAGGACGCUCGUCAUCUAGCACAAAGAUAUGACAGGAUGCGGCAAGAGGCUGAAGCUCAGGCUGUUGAAGUUGCAAGAAGACAAGCCAAAUUAAGGGAAGGAAAUGCCCAUCCUGACAUGGCUUUUAAACUUGAGGCAGCCGAGUCUAAAUUGCAAGAUCUGAAGUCAAAUGUCGCCACUCUAGGGAAAGAGGCUGCUGCUGCUAUGGCUGCCGUAGAAGCUCAACAACAAAGGUUGACACUGCAACGACUAAUUGCUAUGGUUGAAGCUGAACGAGCCUACCAUCAGCGAGUUCUUCAAAUACUUGAUAUGCUAGAAGGAGAAAUGAUGUCUGAGCGCCAAAGGAUUGAAUCUGCUCCUGCUCCUGCACCUUCACCUUCACCUGCUGCUGCUGCAGUUCCAAGCAUGGACAGUAUGCCUGCACCUCCAGCAUAUGAAGAAGUAAAUAGUCUGCCUACCUCACCGGUACAGGAUGGAUCGACUGAUGCUAUGGGUUACUUUCUUGGGGAGGUCAUGUAUCCUUAUCAUGCUGAAUCCGAGGUGGAACUUACUUUGUCAGUUGGAGACUAUCUCGUCAUUCGGAAGGUUUCGAACAACGGCUGGGCAGAGGGUGAGUGCAAAGGCAGAGCCGGUUGGUUCCCAUUCGGCUAUAUCGAGAGGCGUGAGCGUGUUCUUGCCAGCAAGUUUGCAGAAGUUUUUUGAACUAUUAUCAUGAGUUUGGUUUUGUGCUUUAUUGUUGGAAUAUAUGCAUAAUAUUAGAGUUCGCCAACUACAGAAAGGAUUACUCUCCCUUUCUUUUCUUAAAUCAUUAUUUGGUGCAAAUUUUGCAGAUUGGUGUAUUGCCUGCAGGUUCAUCGAGUUAAUUUGUUUCUGGUUUGUAUGUGUAUAAUAACAAAAUGCCAUGUUUUCUUUAUUAUGUUUUCAUUUGAUUUUGCUGUACUUGGCCUCGAAUUGAUUAGUAUUGCAUAUUUUGCUCUCCUCUUUUGGGCA